GUGUACUCUAAACACACCCUUUUGAUAUUGAGAAACGAGUCUCCCUCUCCCCUUCCAAGCUUUCACCAUGCCAUUCUUCCUUGAAAACUCUGGUCUUCUUUCAAAGUUCUUCCCCAUUCUUUCUUGAAAACCCUAGCCUCCAUCGCUCCGCCGUUGGUCUCACCGUCGCCGCCUGGUUCGUCGUGGUCGUUCGCCAAUCCUCCUGGUUCGCCGUGCUCGAAGGCCCUCCCGUUCGCCCAACGCCAGCGUCUCCAGGUUCUGCUCCGCCGUUGUACGUCCGUCGUCCUUCCGUCGUGUUCGUCGCCAGCUCCCCGUCGACCGUCGCCAGCUCGCCAGUGUUCGUGGCCAGCUUCCCGUCGUCCGUCGCUCUCCCUCAAAUCUCUGGUCACUGCCCUCGCCGAAGUUAUUCCAGUUGAAGUACGGUUGAACCGGUUGGACCAAAAAACCAAUAAAUCAGUGACUUGAGCGGUUCGAUGACCGGUCCGGUUUUCAAAACCUUGGUCAAACUCCAACAGCUGCAAGAUAGGUUCAGGUCUUGAGGAGGUUGCAGUCAAUAAGCCAUUCAACUCCAAGGGCUCCAUCCUCCAUGUCUGGCAAGCUGGUCAGCCACACAAUUUGACUCUCUUGCUAUUAGCUUCAUCCUAACUAACUUCCCAGCCACAAUCACCUUUUCCACAAUAAACUAUACCGCCUAGAAAAAAAAAUUCAGAAUGUUGCUGCUACGAGUUUGCCCAGCCAUGACCCUUCACCUUCCUUAUUCCGUCGCUGGGUCAAAGCUUCCUGUAACAACCAAUCCUCAUCGUUUUUCCAAUCUCACCGUUCGCAGCUCUAACUUUCCACUCGACUUGGAUCCUAAUGAGUCUCGCAAGUUAGUUGUGGCAGUGAAGGAGAAGCUUGAGAAAGAACACUAUAGCCUCCCUGUAGGAAAAAAUGGAAGGGAUGAUGAAGACAUGAUACUAUGGUUCCUUAAAGACCGCAAGUUCUCUGUUAAGGAAGCUGUUAAGAAGUUGACUAAAGCCAUUAAAUGGCGUAAAGACUUUAAUGUGGCGGAGCUUACUGAAGAGGCAGUUAAAGAUGUUGCUCAAACUGGAAAGGCAUAUGUACAUGACUUUCUAGAUAUCUAUGGCAGACCUGUACUUAUGGUGGUUGCUUCAAAACAUUUUCCUGAAGCACAGGACCCCAAAGAUGAUGAAAGAUUGUGUGUUUUCUUGGUUGAGAAGGCAUUGAGUAAGCUUCCAACUGGGAAGGAGCAGAUGGUUGCAAUAGUUGAUCUCAGAGGUUUUGGAACAGAAAAUGCUGAUCUUAAAUAUUUGACAUUCUUGUUUGAUGUAUUCUAUUAUUACUAUCCCAAGAGAUUGGGUGAAGUACUAUUCGUGGAUGCCCCUUUUGUGUUUAAGCCAAUUUGGCAGAUAGCCAAACCCUUAUUAAAGUCCUAUGUUUCUCUGGUAAGAUUUUGCACUGCAGAAGAGGUCAGGAAGGAAUAUUUUACUGAUAAAAAUUUGCCACCCAACUUCAGAGAUUAAAAGCCUUUUCCACAAAAGUUACUCCUGCAUAGCAUUGUCUUGGGUUUCAGUGACCGAUAUGUGGUUGUGAUACCAAUACACUUUAUUUCAUAGAAAGAUUGAUUCAAUUUUACUCUUGCAGUCAAAUUUGUACCAGUCAAAUUUUUUUUUUUUUUUAAUUUUACCCU